GGAACCUUCCCUUUUAUUCUCUUUUACUUCCCUUUUUCAUUUCUUCUGUCUUCUCCCCUCUUUAUAUAUGACCUUCAUCUCCAAACGCUCAACGAACACGAAACAUUGAGUUCUCUAAUAACUUCUUCUUUGUGUCCAGUCUCUCUCUCUAAGCUGAUCCAAGAAAAAUAACCCCGAGAAUAACUUGAAAGAUUAUAUGUCUCCUGUCUCGUUACCUCCAGGUUUCAGAUUUCAUCCAACGGAUGAGGAGCUAAUUACUUAUUACCUGAAAAGAAAAAUUAACGGUCUAGAAAUCGAACUUGAGGUUAUCGCUGAAGUUGAUCUCUACAAGUGCGAGCCAUGGGACUUACCAGGGAAGUCCUUGCUUCCGAGCAAAGACCAAGAAUGGUACUUCUUCAGCCCACGAGACCGGAAGUAUCCUAACGGUUCCAGGACAAACCGAGCAACUAAAAGCGGGUAUUGGAAGGCCACGGGUAAAGACCGCCGGGUCAGCUGGAGAGACCGAGCCAUCGGAACCAAAAAGACAUUAGUUUACUACCGUGGACGCGCGCCACAAGGUAUUAGAACCGGUUGGGUCAUGCAUGAAUAUCGGCUCGAUGAAAAUGAAUGCGAGCCUUCUGCAUACGGCAUGCAGGACGCAUAUGCACUUUGUCGUGUGUUUAAAAAGAUUGUGAUUGAAGCUAAAACAAGAGAUCAGCAUCGGUCUUACAUCCACGCUAUGUCGAAUGUGAGUGGAACUUCGAGUUUUGACCCUUGUUCAGAUCUAGAGAUCAGUUUAAGUACUCAUCCAGUUCAAAACGCAUUCCAACCUCAAUUUGGAAACAGACGCUUUAAUUCAAACCCCAGUAACGAAAACUGGUCACAAUACUAUGGUUCUUCUUAUCCACCCAUCCCUACUCCAUAUAAGGUUAAUAAUGAGAUCGAAUGCUCAAUGUUACAACACAAUAUAUCUCUACCACCGUUGCGUAUAGAUAACUCUGCAGUCAGCAAUAACGAUUUCUAUAAUACGAGUACGACUCACAACAAUAAUCAUGGCGUUUUAGAGGACUUUACUUUCGCUGCAAGUAACUCCAACUAUUAUAAUAAUACCGUUGGUGAUCAAGUGAUCCAUACAGGCAACUAUGAUGAACCAUUAAUAACGUCAAAUAAUUAUAUGAACCAGGUUUAUAUCGAAGAGCAGAAGAUCAUAUCGACUUUGGAUGAUAAUAACCAAGAUCAUGGAUUUCAGGGAGACAAUACCAAUAUCAACAUAGAUAUUGAUGAAUUCUUGUCGUUUGAUAUGUAUAACGACGAAAACGUAAAUCGAGUAGAGGGUAACGAAGAAGACGUGAAUAUAAAUGAAGCCGUAGAUUCAUCGGGAUUUGAGGUGGUUGAAGAAGAAAUUAGGGUUAACAAUCGAAUGCUCAUCUCGACAUAUCAAACGACCAAGAUUCUAUAUCACCAAGUCGUACCAUCUCACACAUUGAAAGUUCACAUUAAUCACAAUGUGGAAGAGAAAAUAUUGUUCAUUGAAGAAUAUAAAGAUUCUUGGGUACAAAGAGCCGAGAAGACCACGAAGAUAAAACUAACUCUGAUUAGUUUGAUAGCUCAGAAAUAUUACAAAUAUCUUACGAUUUUUUCUGAUUUCUUACAGUUACUGAUUUUUAUAUACGCCCUGAAAAGAGAGUGCUUAUAUAUAUUGUACACUAACAUAACUCCAAUAAAUAAAUAAAUAAAUAACAAG